AAAAGGAAAGAAAAAACAAAUUUUCGAAAUUUUCGCGGAUAAGAGCCAUCACGGGUUCUUAUAGCGAUAAAUUUUUGUUUAAAUUUUCAACUGAUAUGAUCUCGUCCAAAUAUAAGUCGUUGAGGUUAUAACCCCGUGACCCUGGCGCGCGAAGAUGUGAAACCUCAUAAACAAAAAUCCCGUGCGCGCGCAGGCAUUCGAUAAAUGACCUGACCUAACAAACGCCAUUCGAAUUCACACCACGUGUUUCAAAUACUUGAAGUAUUAGCACAAAUAUAUGAAAGAGGGCAACCAUGGGUUGAACACGAUAUGGCUUUGCUGUUGCCAAGUCUCUCUAAAGGAGGAAGGCAAAACUUGCUUACAUGGCAGAAAAGACGGUCGUCCAUUGCUCCUGUCGGGAAGCUGUUUCGCCGCCCUCCCCAAGAUAUCCCAGAGGAGCAGUUUGACGUAACUGCUGUCGGCUUGUCUGAGCGCAGUAGAACAGCGCUCGUGGAGCAAUCAACUUUGCCAGAACUCCCAAGAGUAGAACCAGACACUCCCGCGAGGUACUCCGUACAGGAGGGAAAAACACCAGAUUUGGAGAGAGAAGAAAUAUGUACUACUCCUGUGCUGCCGGGACUCCCUAGUCUUCCAAGUGACCGUCGCCAUGGCAACUUGCGUCCUCGGCAGCCUGUCGCGCUCGACUUCACCCUGAAAGGGCACCAGGCUCACAGCAAACAGAAUCUGAAGAGUCUCAGCAAUACUCCGGGUGGGACCGCGCUCAAGAAAAUCUGCUCCCAGCUAGAGCCAUUCCUGGAUAACCUCUACGCUGAGAUACCAGAUUUCGUGGAGGAGGAAGGAAAGAGAGUGCUGUUUAUCAAAAAGAUGCGCAUUUAUCUUGAGAUCAGUAGAAAACUUAACGGACCUGACGUGUUGUGCGUGCCCAUCUUCCACUGCCCCAGAUGUUUGCAGCUGUGGACUCUAACUGGUGUCACACCAGUCGAGUGCCCCAACAAGUCAGAGCCCACCAGGGGUCCGGAGGUACUUAUGAGGGAGCGGAGGGCGAGGUUCGUCUCCAUGUCGCGCGGCAUGAAUCAUCCCGACAUGAAGCUUGGCGUUCUUAAAACUAGAGGGCAGUUGUUGACCCCCCUUGAAGACUCGUAUUCUACCCAUACAAGACGAGAGCAAGACGAGCACGAAGCCUUCAUCAAUACCUCCUACGAUAACGAACACGACAGACGCGAAGACACCGAAAGUGUUGCCAGAGGCUUAGAAGCCACGCUUUCAGGUCACGUGGCCUUGACUGGAUUUCCCGGUGGGAGCAUCAAGAUCGAUAGAGACGCGCUGAUUGAUCUAGACCUGGACCAUCUCACAGACGAGCAGGCGCUGGAGGUGCUAUUAGAGAAAGGUGCCAUAAAAAAUGCAUUCAUCGAGGAGCUUCAAGAAAAGAAAAAACACGAAGCCCUGAGAGUGGCUCAAUUAUACAUGUCACGUGACGAGCAAUACGAUGAAUAUGCACGUGUCAUGCCAACGGGCCCCAAUGUGUUCUCAUCCGUCACAAAAAUAUGUGUUAGCGAAAGUCGCGCGACGAAAAGUGCAGAUAGAUCCUUGGAAGCGAUUAGCAGCAACACUAAGACCACGCAUGAUCAAGACCUGGUGAAUUCGUCCAGUUCUGAGCUAGGAACAUCUCGUGUUGGAGGUGGUAUCCCACAUCGAGAGGAAAAGAAACGUGACGUAGAAAGUGACGUACAAUUGAUGGAGUUUGCAGAGUAUUCUCCGUCUCUGCGUAGCUCGACAGGCUCAACUAGUGAUGAGGAAAGCGAUGCCUACAGCGGAGUUUCCAGUGCAAGCCCCAAGUCGAGGCUAUCUUUCAGUGAUUUGCAGGAGGUUCUACGUUUGCCUGUCAGUAACGCUUUCACUUUCUCCUUCUUCGAUCUGCCUAAGCAGCACCGCGCGUUCAACAGCAAGAUCAAGCAGACAGUCGACCGCAUUGGUAACAAAAACAAACGGAAAAGCAUCAGAAAGAAAAUAUAAUAACAAGCCUAGUUAUUUUACUUUAUACAAAUAACAAAUCUGUCCGAUGUUAGUCAAUAAAGACGGCAAGUUUGGUAAA